GCAAGCGCAGGGGUGGUACUCGGUCCGACUCGUCGACGCCGACAAGUCGGCGACACUGCGCCGCGCCAAGCGCGAGUGGUCUCCACUCGGUUCGUCGACAAGCCCGUGCCAAGCGCAAGUCUCCGACUUUCCGAAACCGGCAACAUUAGCCGAAUGUCCGAGUCCCCAAUUGAAGGAGCUAGCUGUACAAUUUGCAUGGGGGAAUCAGGGGCCUUUGGUGGCGCCACCAGGGGUGCGCGCGCUUAGCGUGGCUUCCAAAACCGGGCGCAAGCGCAGGGGUGGUACUCGGUCCGACUCGUCGACGCCGACAAGUCGGCGACACUGCGCCGCGCCAAGCGCGAGUGGUCUCCACUCGGUUCGUCGACAAGCCCGUGCCAAGCGCAAGUCUCCGACUUUCCGAAACCGGCAACAUUAGCCGAAUGUCCGAGUCCCCAAUUGAAGGAGCUAGCUGUACAAUUUGCAUGGGAGAAUCAGGGGCAUUUGUCGUGGCCAGCUGUGGUCACUGCUAUCACCACCAAUGCCUCACAGCGUGGCUUGAAGAGACGGAUUCAUGUCCUGUGUGCAGAAGAAGAGUAAACGCCGAGGAGGUCAUUCGCCUGCAUGGGGGCUCAUUACAGUGCAGCGCACGCCCGCGCUGUGUCGUUGCACUGGAGAAAGAGAACACCAGGCUCAAACGACGACUCCAGAAGGUGCAGGACCAGAAGGACUACGAAUCUUACAAGGCCCUCAAGUAUGCGCGCCUCUCGGCAGAACAGUCGAAUGAGCGCAUACGUAUCUCUUCCCAACUCGCCGACGCUCGCGUUCAGCUGGUGCGUGCUCAAGCUGAGGCGAGGGAAUCCAGACGAGUACGACGGGAAGCAGUCUCUGCCCUGCGUCGCCUUGCGCCCCGGUCCACACAACGUGCGACUAUGGCGAGGCUAGGGGACGACACAGACGACACCCCGAGCGCCAACGACAGCGCCAACGACAGCGCCGACGACAGCGCCAACGACAGCGCCACCGAAUGAACUGCUAGGCCUCAACCUAGAAAGAAAAAUUGACAUCAUCAGUGGCUAUCACAGCCCGUCUUUGUAUAGCCCUAAUAAGGGCUAUUCUUUCAUUAAUAGGCUGUUAAGCUUCAUCGAGUGGCUCAAUGCCGGACAGCUCGCAGUCGUAGUCUUUCUUCACUG